AUGAAACGCCUCCUCUUCGGAUCCGAAAAGGCUCUGCCUAGUCUUGCGGUGCCUCCUAUCAGAAAGAACGACCACGACGACGAUGCGAUGUCGUACGAUACGGUGUCGGGAGACUUGACCUACUCCAGCGACGGGGAGGGGCAGGCAGCGUCAGGAAGCUUCUUGUUCAGCGUCGUCGUGUUGGACGGGAAACGCUUUCCGGCGGGCCGCUCGGGAAGAAUCAAACCCAGAGUCCACCUCCAGUUCUCCUGCCCGGGAUACUUCUCGCAGAUCGCUGCGACCACCUCACAGUCAACGACGUGGCCGGUCUGGAGAGAGGGCUUCAUCUUCGCGACCCCUGCAGAGAACAUCAAGGACAUCAGCAUCAUGCGGCAUGCCAUGGUGAUGGUUCUGAUCGAGGACGAGCUAUCCAACCGGCUGCUGGGCCAGUCGUGGGUGUCUUUGGAGGAGGUAGUCUCGCAGAGAAAGAUCGACAAGGAGUAUCAUUUUUGUCCGACCAUGGAGGCGAACCCCAGUCUGAGGCUUGUUCUGACUGCCAUCGACGAGUCGUGCGUGCAUCCGUCGGUGAGUCAGUACGGGAAGCCGAUCCGGAGUCUGCGAUCGAAGCUCGGUGCGGUCUUUCAUCCAACCAGGACAAGGCUGGUGGCAGACCUUGCAGAUGAGAUGAACCAAGUGGACUGCAAGGGGACUGUGAGUCUAUUGAAGAUCAUCGAUUGCGGGACGUAUGCAGAUGAGGACGACUAG